ACAGAUGCUAUGGACCAGAGCUAGGGGUAAACAAACAGAUGCAAUGGACCAGAGCUAGGGGUAAACAAACAGAUGCUAUGGACCAGAGCUAGGGGUAAACAAACAGAUGCUAUGGACCAGAGCUAGGGGUAAGCAAACAGAUGCUAUGGACCAGAGCUAGGGGUAAACAAACAGAUGCUAUGGACCAGAGCUAGUGGUAAGCAAACAGAUGCUAUGGACCAGAGCUAGGGGUAAACAAACAGAUGCUAUGGACCAGAGCUAGUGGUAAGCAAACAGAACUAAAACUAACGUAAACCUUUGUAACCUGUUAGCUGUUAGUUCUGACAGCUGGGGAGUAGACGAGAUGACCCCUGACCUCUGACCUUGCCACAGCAUCAGCCAGCUGCAGUCCUCACAACACUGCUCUGGUCUGGUUGGACUGUUGUGAAGGCGGACAGAGGAACUGUGUGUGUGUGUGUGUGUGUGUGUCUGAGAGCAGGAUCUUCGAGGAUAAGGACGGCACAACCACAGACACACACACACCACUGGGAGGAGCCAAGGCGGUCCAAUGAACCAAUGAGAGCCUAAGGAGAGGAUGAUUGACACACCGAAGCCCCCCCCCUCCCUCCAGCCACUGCCAGUACUGUGUCCAAUAAUGUGUCAGGCUUUUCCUCUGUCAGUCUGCAUAUAGCUGCAACCAGGACAUAACCUCAGUCAGUGACUCUGCAUAAAACUGCCAACUGGGACAUGCUGAUGCAUUCUCUCCAGCCAGCAAAAUUGACUUUUGGGAACCCGGCUUGAAUCAGGGGCAGCCUUUUAGGGAGGCAAGCAAGUUAGACCAAGUGAACCAGUUAGAUCAAGUGAACAGUUAGAUCAAGUGAACCAGUUAGAUCAAGUGAGCAAGUUAGACCAAGUGAACCAGUUAGAUCAAGUGAGCAAGUUAGACCAAGUGAACCAGUUAGAUCAAGGGAACCAGUUAGACCAAGUGAACCAGUUUGAUAAGUCUGAGCAAGUCAGAUGAGUUGAACCAGUGAGCAGACAGAGAGAACCAUAUGGUACUGUAGAGACCAGAGAACUACGAUGGACACUGUUCAGAGAGAGAAGACGACAGAGGCUUCCACUGUUGGCCCUUCUACAGGCAGUCAGGCAGGCAGUAGUUAUAUUCAAGUUCUACUAGCUUCUGUUCAUGGUCUACUAAUUCUAGUCAACCCAGAUCAACACAGUGAAGUCUGAGGUAAACUAGCUGCAGGGGGUUCACUGCCCUGAGGUAAACUAGCUGCAGGGGGUUCACUGCCCUGAGGUAAACUAGCUGCAGGGGUUCACUGCCCUGAGGUAAACUAGCUGCAGGGGGUUCACUGCCCUGAGGUAAACUAGCUGCAGGGGGUUCACUGCCCUCAUUUCUUUCAGUGCUUCAUAUUUUGGCGCUAGUCCCGCCUCAUCUCCCCUUACUUUCCAAAAAUACCCCUGGGGCCGAACGGGAGCACCGAUGGUCUGGUCAGAAAUUGAAGGACCCACCACCUCUACUACCGAGCUUCACCACCCCUCUGACCAGCAACACAUAGUCCCAUAGGAGGAACCCGAAAGUGAACCAGGAAGUAAGCGGCAGCAGUGGCAGCAGAGAGCAUGCUGGGAUGUGGGGGUGGGGCCAAGCUGCGCCACAGUUUGACGCUGGCCUCGGGAUUCGUUGAAAACCUGUGUUUCUCGGGGAUAGCGUAUGGCUGGGCGUCGCUGGUGUUCAUCCUGAAGAACGACGGCUACUUCAGUGACCUCUGUGACAUCACUGCCAACGCCACUGACCCCGGUGACAUUAUCGCGCUGUCAGGGGAGUGGCCUAGCGAUAGCAUCAUACAGUCAGACUGUAGUGGCCAGGAUGAACAGUUCUCCCUGGUCUUCACCGUCGCCUCCUUCUCCAUGAACUUCCUGCGUUUCCCUCUGGGCUUCCUGUUCGACCGCUUCGGCACCAUGGCGACAAGGCUCCUGGCCAUAUGUCUAUACACCACUGGGACCUUGUUGAUAACUGUCUCCAGUCCAGAGCAAUCAGCGUUGCUGUUUCCUGCCAUCUCGUGCCUGAUCACAUCUGGAAUGUUGUUCUACACCACCAAUGCUCAGGUGGGGAACCUGUUCGACAGGCUGCGUUCCACGGUCAUAUCGGUCUACGCAGGGGCCUUCGACUCCUCCGCCGCUGUCUUCCUCAUCGUCAAGUUUCUGUAUGAAGGAGGGGUCUCGUUCCAUUCCUCCUUCCUCAUUCUCUCUGUCUGCAGCGUCAUCCACGUCUUCCGGACGUUCUUCCUCAUGCCCAAGACCCACAUCCCCUACCCACUCCCCGACGGAUACGCUUACGGGGUGAACUGCGGUGGCUGGCGGUGGAAGAGAGGGGGAGAGAGAGGGGGAGAGAGAGGAGAAAAGGAGGGAGGAGGAGGAGAGAGAAAAGGAGAGGUGAACGCCAAAUAUCAGAAGAAUACUGGGUUACAGAAGGCCGAGAGUGCCCUGCUGCAAUUGCAGGACAAAGCAGGACCUUUCAGACUCGAUCAGACUGAAAGAGUGGCCAGUUUUAGGAGUUGUGUCCUGUCCUGGUUCUUCCUGUGGCACCUGGUCUGGGUGGCUGUCAUGCAGUUCUGUCACUUCCUGUUUAUCGCCACAGUGAACCCCAUGCUCAACCGGCUGGCCAACAGAGACCAGACCCUGGUGAGUCAGUACACCAAUGCCUUUGCCUUCACCCAGCUGUGUGGGGUCCUCUGUGGUCCCUGGAAUGGCCUCAUCAUGGACAGACACAAGGGGAAGCCUCUGGCUCCAGGAGAGACGAAGCAAGAAGCCGACCUGCGCUCCUCCUCUCUCUCCCUCUUCCUCACCUCCCUCCAGUGCCUCCUCUUCUACGUCUGUUUCUCCUCUCCUCUCCUUCCUCUCCAGUAUCUCACCUUCAUCCUGCAGGUCCUCAACAGUGCCUUCAUCUAUGGUGGACACCAAGCCUUCCUCACCAUCGCGUUUCCCGGCUGCCAUUUUGGUAAGUUGUCUGGUCUGAUAACAUCUCUGUCAGCUGUGGUUCUGCUGCUCCAGUUCACUGUUCUACACCUCAUCAGAGAGUUCCUGCAUGGAGACCCUCUCUAUGUGAACGUGGGUCUGACCCUGCUCACCCUCCUCACCUUCAUCCACCCCCUCCACGUCUACCUCCACUGCCGCUCUCUAGCCAAUCAGAGGAGGGCUAGGGCCAAACAGGAAGUGACAAAACUCCGGGUCUAAGGUCACAUGCAACAGGCUGGUGGUGGUGUGAGGACAAAACCCAACAACAGCAGUGGUGCGUCUCAAUAGUCUAAAGUCGCUUCCUUUCCUUGUCUCCUUUCCUUAGACAACACUGACCUGAUUAAACUGGACAGGUGGAAAACAGGGUCUGUGUCCCAAAUGGCACCCUAUCCCCUACAUAGUGCACUACUUUUGAAUGGGCCCUGGUUAAAAGUAGUG